AUGGAAUCAGAACUUGUAAUAAACCAAGUGCUGGACGAAAUAAAACAGUCAAUCAUUCUAAUUAAUGAAUCUCUUGGAUCGGAAAAGCAUGAUACGUCUUCACUCUCUAAUUUAUCUCUCUCUACAAUCCUGGAUAUUUGUGAUGUACAAAUUGUUAACGAGCUUCCGUUAAUACAAACCAGAACUGAAGAUCUACUGGUAAUUCCCUUUGAGGAUUCUCAGACAAACCUGUCUAUAUCUCAAAGUCAUGAUGGGUCAUCUAAUUACAUUAUUUUAGCCUCCCCAGGCCCCGUCUCUGUUCAGAAUGAUGUUAUUGAAGGUUCGUCUUGGACUUAUUAUAAUGACUGUGAAUCCACAAGUGAAGGAAGUUUUUUAACUGAAAAUGAAGAUGAUGAUGGAACUUCUGACUCUGAGGUAGACAUGAAUGAUCUCGAUCGAAGUUUCAAGAAUAAUUCAAGUUCCAAUUCAGAAAAAAAUGAGGAUUUUUUACAUAAAGGAGGUAAUUGUAGCGGUUUUAUUGAAAGAUUUGGGCGGAGCCACCUCAAUGAUUCCACAAGUGACGAACACUAUAAGGAAGUCUUCCCGAUUUCUUUCAGCUCAAAUAUUCCUUUGCUUUGCGAAUCAUUUACGGAAAAUCAGGAGAACUCCAAAUCAAUCCCGAUAGACUCGGCAAAUAUCCUUAAAAGACAGCUCGUAACAGAAAUUGAUGAAGAUGAAAGAAACUUCAAGAUGGUUAAGUAUGACUCUCAACUUCCAAUUGGAAGAGACAAAGUUUUCUAUUAG